CUCAUUUAAAAGUCAUGGCAUAUUUUGAAAAUACCGAUGUUAAUAAGUUUUUUGAACCAACAAAUGCCUUAGAAUUCUCAAAUGAAACUUCUUCCGGGCCUGAAGACCUUAGGCACGUAUGGGUAGAAAAUUCUAUUACUUCCGUCGUAAGAAUAAUUUCUAUCCUCCUUCUCAGAAUUGGCUUUAUUCUAGUCCAAGUCGGAUCCAUCCCUGUCGAAAAUGCCUUCAUGAUAAUUUUCCGUAACAUUCUGGAAAUUGCCGUGGUAAUUUUUUCCUAUGGUUUCAUGGGCUUUUACCUUUCCUUUGGGAAAAAAUCAUUUUAUGGCAUCAUCAAUUACGACGGCUACAUAGGAGACAAAGAUGCAGAUUUAAGCUCAGCAGCUCUAGGCUUCUCAGCAUGUCUUCUAGCAACAGCCAUCACCUCAAGCAUGUUUAUAGCACGACUUCAUCAAGUCCCAAUGCUUCUGAUAGCAUUUUUCACUAGCGCAUUUUUUUUGCCUGUAUUAAUGUGCUGGUGCUGGAGCAACCGUGGCUGGAUGACCAUGGCUACCAUUUUAGAGGAAAGAGUUUCUAUAAAAGAUUUUGGAGGAAAUUUAGUUGUGCAUGUACCGUCGGCGAUAAUAGGUCUGAUGGGGGCUCUGUUUCUCGGACGAAGAAUCAUGAAGCUUAAAGACGUGGACAGAUUCUCGUUAGGCCAUGAAUACACUAGCGGAAUAGUGACUGGAUAUUUUUUUGUAAUUAUUGGCCAUAUUGGAUUCAAUUUACCUACAGCUAGCUAUGAAUCUAGUCACGGCUUAAAAGAUUACAUUAGCUUAAUAUCAAUUAAUAGCUUGAUGGCUAUGGGAGCUGGAAUUUUGGUAGUAUCUCUAGUGAUACUAAUAAUUACUAGAGAUACUUACAGAUAUUGGAUAAUUGUAAAGUGUCUGCAAGGUGGAUUAGCUGGUGUGGUAACAGUGAGCGCCGGAAUCGAUGUUUAUUCACCCUCAAUUAAUUUCGCAAUCGCCUGCGUUGGAGGAUUUAUUUUUUAUUUUUUCUCCAACGUUAUCCAUUUUUCGGCUUUAGAAGAUUGCUGCAAUGUUCUAGCGGUUUAUCUACUAUGCGGCUGCUUAGGAGUUCUCAUCCCACCCUUAUUGGCUAAUGGAGAAAACUUAGGCCUCGCAGUACCAAUGAGACUCAGACUCGUCCAUUUACUAUGGCAAUUUAUUUGCCUCAUUAUUAUUAUUUUAAUAAUUGCCAUCUUUUAUUUGGCAAUAUUUACAGUUUUCCACGUGACGAGGAUGUUGAAGAAUCACUUCGAAAAACUUAAUCAUCAAAGGGCGAAGGUUUUGUACGGAAGAUUACCCUGGAAGAAAUAUUUUGAUAGGAUUUUUAAGAUCAGCGACAAAAGUAAGGAACUCUCGCCGGGCAGUAAUCGAUCGCAAUUGAAUCAGACAUUUACGGUUUUGUAAUGUUAAGGGUAAAAUAAUAAAGAGAAAUUAAUGGAUAAUAAUUUGUUUUGAUUUUAUGGAGAUUUUAUGCUACUUUAUUGCUGCUAGCGGUGGUGUGAAUUUGGAUGAUAAAGAGUUGUUAGCUGUAGAUCUGUUGG